UAAAAGUGCAGUACCUAUCUACCUUGUAUAAUCUACCUCAGUAAUAAGUGAUUCUAUUAGUGCGGUAUAAUAAUAUACCUAGUCAGUUUUUUUCAAAAUUGCCAGCAAAAAAUAAUGUCCUCUCUGCUAAGCGCAGACUUGGCCGCAGCUUGCAAUGCCCUGGGGUACUUCGAUGCGAAAGCGAAUAAAUAUUAUGCCGACGCCAAUACUCUCGAGACCGUGAAAGACCUAAUUCGAUAUUUGAGGCGAGACGACGAGACUCACGACAUCAGAAGGCAACUAGGUGACACUGCGGUCUUGCAAUCUGAUUUGUUGCCCCUGUUGAAAAGCUAUUGGGAAGAAGCCGACUUGUUCGACGUGUUGUUGAGGUUGAUUGUGAAUCUUACAACACCAGCUUUGAUGUUAUGGAGCGAACAGUUGCCUACAGAGAAAACUGUUAGACAUUUUUAUUUGCAAGUCGAAGAUCAUUUACAGAACUAUAAAGAAGCUUUCGCCGAUGAGGCUGUAUGGGCUGUUCUAAGUACCAGGUUGAGCAAAAUUUUGGAAAUUGACCCUCCUGAAAGAGGUGACGAAAACAGCUUGAUAAUCGAGAGGAUUUUAAUAUUGAUCCGAAAUAUUCUUUAUGUCCCUGCGGACACUAUGGAAAGACGUCCUGAUAAUGAUGCCAGCAUCCACGAUCAGGUUUUGUGGGCUCUCCACCAAUCUGGCAUGCUAGACAUAAUCCUCUACAUGACGAGUUCGGCCAAUGAGAAUGCAUAUUACUUACACAUUCUGGAGAUUCUAUCGUUCAUGUUGCGUGAACAGAAGGCCUCCGAGCUGGCUAAUGCCGCUUUGCAACGAAGCCAAACGGAAAAGAUUCAAGAUGAGGCUGAAUUGUUGGGUAUCCGGCAUAAGGAAAUUAUUGAAAAGCAAAAAAAGGCCAAGGUUUAUACUGGAACGAGACAUUCAAGAUUUGGUGGUACAUUUGUGGUGAAGUCGAUGAAGUCAAUAAGCGAGAACGAGCUUAUUUAUCACAAGCCGUUAAGCAAACUGGAUGCUCUCAAUUUCGACACAGACAAAACCAAACCUAAAACUCCGAAAAAUCGAAUGCCAGUGAAAGCGGCGUCGGUCGAGCGUCGAUCAGCUUUCAGCAUUCGUCUGUUUCUCAAGGGAUUUUGCGUCGAAUUUUUAAACGGCGCCUACAACACUUUGAUGUAUCACGUGAAAGACAAUUUGGUUAGAGCGAAGGCACAGGCCCACGACGAAUCCUAUUACUUGUGGGCUAUCCGAUUUUUCAUGGAAUUCAACAGGUGUUAUCAAUUCGAAGUGAAACUUGUUAGUGAAACAAUGUCAGUUCAAACGUUUCAUUAUGUGCAACAGCAAAGCGAGAAUUUCUACGAUAUGAUAGGAGUCGAUAAGAAAAAAUUGAAGCUAUGGUCGCGACGUUUGCAUUUAGCUGUACUAGCUUAUAGGGAGUUAUUCAUGACCUUAUCCGCCAUGGAUAAAUCACCUGAUGGUAAUGUCAGGGACUCGUCCAAAGUAAUUAAGAGCAACAUUUUUUACGUGCUGGAAUAUCGCGAAUUCAUUUUAACGUUGCUGGUCAACUAUGACGAAUUGAAAAUGUCCGAUUUGUAUUUGAAGGACUUACUAGAGACGCAACAUAUUUUCUUGAAAAUGUUGGAGACUUUUGUUGGUACUGAUGGAGCAGUAGUGGUACAGAAAAAGGCUAAGAAACGCAGGAGGAAGCAGAAGAAAGAUCAAAGGCAGGGGCCGAUAGUGCAGGAAUUGAAUUUGGAUGGAAUGUGGGACGAAGCUUCUCCGCAACUUUCCACAGUUUUGGAGGGUAACGUUGAUGUUUCCAGUGACGUUGCUCCGUUCGAUGCUGCAUCUGAUGUACCCAUUGAUGAUCAAAAGUCUGACGCAAUGAAAAAUGUCCAGCGUAAAUUGAGAAAUGGAGAUUACGAGUCUGCUAUUGGUCUACUUAGAGCUGCGAGGGAAGUCUGGCCAGAAAACGAUAGUUUUGGGAGCCCUAAUAUGGCGCCCGAGGAAGAAUUCCUCGCCCUCAGGGACAUAUUCUACGCUGACUUGGGCGAAAACACCAAGACAAUAGAAUCAGAGCCGAUUCAAGAAGAUGCUGAUAUUGACGAUGACAAUGAAGAAGAGGAAGACGAAACCAGAUUCGAUGAAGGAACUUUCAAGUUAACCGAUUUUACCAGAAGACUAUCCCAUCCGAAAGUGGUUCGAGCUUGUGCGCUGGCUUUAAAGAAUUUCGAAUCCAAUUCCCCUCAUACGAAUCAUUGCAUAGUUAAACUUUUGCACAGAGUAGCCUUUGAUUGCAAAAUGUACGUAAUGGUUUUUCAAUUGACGAUUUUCCGGUCUUUUCAAAAGGUUUUCGAGCUCGCCGACCUUCCUCAAUACAAGGAAUUGGUGAAGUUCGCAACUUACAUCGUAAGGCAAUUCCUGAAAGUGGCCGAGACAAACAAAAAAGUUUUUAUGGAGACGCUAUUUUGGAAGACCAGCAACGAGUGCUACGAUAUCGAGCACGGAUACACGGAGUCGCAUGGAAAAACAGCUUCAAGGGCCUGGUCCGAGGAAGAAGAAGAUGAAUUGAGAAGGCUAUUUAUGGAACAUCAACAAUCAGGAAAUGAAAAUGAUGUUGUUGAUUUUGUUACAUCAAAUGUUAUCGAUCAGACAAAAUCCCGAAGGCAAGUUAUUAAAAAACUUAAAGAAUUGAUGCUUUUGGUUGACUAUAAAGGCCGAAAAAAGUCUGGUGCAGCGAGGCCUCCGAAAGAGUGGUCUUUAGAAGAAGAAGCUAAUCUUCAAGAGCUUUAUGAAAAAUAUAAAGAUAGCCACGAUCCAUUGGGUAACAUUCUAGAAGACUUGGACGUUCCGAGGCCGAAAAACCGAGUCGUCGAAAAACUACUCGUAAUGGGUCUAAUUCGUGACAAAAAAGAAAUUCACAAAAAAAGGUCACGAACCGGAGGAAAAUCUCAGCAAUCGGCAUCAGAUAAUGAGUCUUCCCUGAGCGACGAUGAUAGCGAUGAUGGUCAGCAAUCCCAUCCACAAAACCGUGCUCCUAAGAAAAAUGUCUCUAAGAGAAAUAGCAAAAAGGACGCAAAGAACAAGAGACCCAAACAGAUUCCAUUUUCCAGAGCCAAAAUCGUGGAAAUUCUCAUCAAGGUUGAACAAAUCAGCGAGGAAAUGCGGGAAUCGCUCGAGUGGCUGAAAGAGAGUUUGGGCGACGCCAUCGAAGACUACGAGACGGAAAACGACGGCGAAGGUAUUCCAUUAGUUCCGGUAAUGGAUUAUGCCGAGGCCGCUAUGGAAAACGACGAGUUCCUGCAACUACUCAAAGCGUUCGGUGUCUGUCCUCCGUUCGAAGAACAGGAAUCCUACUGGCGUAUUCCAACCACCCUCAAUCCCGAAACCCUCAAAGAUUAUUGCGACGCAAUCCAACAGGCCUUAGAUAAAACACUCCACUUUGUAGAAGAAGACACUCCACAGGUCAUCGAGAAUCAUGAAAGUUCAGAUGACGAUGACUUGUUUGAUAAGCUAAGGAAAAUGAGAAAGGACGAUAGUGCUAUGCCUGAGAGCUCAAAAUCAAGUCCAGAGCCUGAUGAGAGUUCAAAAUUAAGUCCAGAGCCUGAUGAUGGUUCAAAAUCAAGUCAGGAGUCUGAGAACCCAGAAUCAGAACCUAUGGAUGCUACAACGGAAACUGUUCAGUUCACUGUACAAGAAUUUACUAUUGAUGAUGCUGAGGAAAAUGUGAGUCCUCGUAAAAAAACCCGAGUAAUCAUCGAGAGUGACAGUGAAGAUGAAAAUGAUCGUGAGAAAAGUGAUGAUGAAAACACUGAACAAAAUAAUCACAAGAAUUUUAGAGCUAUCGUUGAUAGCGAUAGUGAUGCUGGAGCAGGCAAAGAUUUAGAAAAUGAAAAAAGGUUACGAUCUACUUCUGACUCCGAUAGCGAAAAACCUACCGCUAAGCGUGGCAGAAUUCUUGAUAGUGAUGAUGAAGAUUAAAAGUGUGUCUCAACAUUUUAUUUAGUUUCAACCCAAAGAAGUGUCUUUGUUGAAAAAUGAUUAAAUAAUACAUGGUAAUAAUAAUAUGUUUGUUUUAUUUUAGAAUAACAUUGUUACAAAUUAGCACAGGUUUUCACAUCCAGAAUUUCCAGUUUUAUACGGAGCCCUUGGGUAGUUUCCACUAGAAAAAGCAUGCAUUAUUAUUUUGUGCAAACUACUGCAAACAGUAUUCAUCAAUGUUUUGUCUGCGUCUGAAUUACUUACGCUGGUCCAUAGUUGCAAACAUAAAUUUUCUGAUAUUUCAUAUUGCCAUUGCUUAUUGGGAAGUAUGUGUAGCCGCAACCUACAUACUUUGUGUCAUCCCAUGCCAUCUAAAAUAUCAGCUUUUAUUAAAAAUUAUUAAACAAUAAUAAUAAUUAACCUGUGUAUAAUGUCCCGUGGCCAUAGAAAAUCCUCCAGGAUAUUUGUACUGACGAUAUUCGUUCCACCAGUUCAUAAUUGGUUCGCUCCAAUUGGCUCCUUUUCUGUCAUUCGAUGACCAACUUGUUGCUAUGUUUUGACCCACCUGCCAUCUAGCUACAUAGAAAAAUCGAAAACGUACAAAUAAAAUGGGACAUCCAAUACAUACGAUCAGAAACCCGCACGUGUCCAUAAACACAAGUAUUGGCUAUAUUCUGAGCGGCCUGAGCAAGUCUGUCAUCCCAAUACUGAAAAAAAUAUAAUUUGAAUCUGUUGGCAACAAGGUUCUGAUUAACGAAUGAAGGCUUUCACGAGUUUCACUGCCGGUCAAAUCUAGUAAAAAAG